UAACGUGUAACCUAUAAUUUUCUACCAAUUUUACAAUUUUAUUCGUAUUUGUCAAGUUUUGUGUUACCUUAACGUAUAAAGAUACUUGGAGUCUUUUUUAACUCUGCUUACAACAGUUAUUGACAAUAUGCCAAAAGCAUUGAAAGGUGGAAAGCCUAAAGUGACAUCCAAGGAGAAGCAAAAACUCAAGAAAGAGUAUCAGGAAACGCAGAAGCAACUGAAAACUAUUGUAUUUCCAGCGCUAGCGGUGGUUUUCCUGUUCAUAGUAGCAUAUGUUUACAUGAAAACAAGGCCUCUCAGAGGCAACUUUGACUGAAUAAACUUCUAAAUUUGUAAAUAUUAUAUCAUAAUUACUCCUAAAUGUUUUUGUUUUGUACAAAAUAAAUAAAUAAUUUUAAUAUUUUUUUUAAACAU